ACGCGGAACUCACGUCUACCGUGAAUGCCAGCGGCGGAGGCGACGGAUUGACUCGUCUCCACUCCCACCACGCGUCCAUCAGCGGAGAUUUCAGGCUCAACUACCCUGCUUCGUGGGAAGGGGCCUUUCUCUUGACGACUCUUUCUGGCGGGCAGGACAUUCGCGGCGAUGAUUUGCACUACAAGCGGUCGGGCGGCAUCAUUAAGCGCAUUGAGGGGACAAAGGGCGAUGGCAAGUCGGAUUUGACGAUUGAUUCCAUGUCUGGUCGCGAGGAGCUGGUGUUUGGAAGUGCUUAAUGAUGCAGAGCGAGGUUAUGAUGAAGAGUUUUUUUGUUUUUUGAAAUGAUAGGAUGAUACCAUAAGAAGAUGCCAAGAACGAUGGAGGAAAAAGAAGAUGUUUGGUGGAUAGGGAGAAAUAUUCGAGAGAACUACUACUUAAUUUUACGUCGGGGUAUGAGGCACGAUUACAUGUUCAGAGACGUAUACGGCGAACUGAAGAGCGAGCACAAAAACGAAUUUAAUGGACUUUCUUUUAAACAAAGUAUACAGGGGGAGAAAAGAUGCGACGCUCUUUAGUUGGAUGCAUAAUGCACACAGCAUGACAUUGUAUUAUUGUAACAGGAACGAGUUGCUAAUAAAUGUCAACUGAGAAUGAGAAUCAAAAUGAGAGUGCGUGUAUAAAAGAA